AUGGCGUCCGCUUCCGACGAACCCGAUGAAUUCGGAACCACAGCACGACACAGCGCACCCAAUCCAGCCACGACAGGUGACGCCCUCUGCGACCUAUGUUUGCAAGCUUUGACCAUCGAUGAUAAGCUUGCCGGCGGUACCGUAACAGAGGCACCCGACAAGGAGGCCCCUGUUCUGGAUCUCUCGGGUUUCGCUCCACAGCAGUGGACACGGGAAGACCAGAAAGGACUCCGCCAUUCCCGCGUGAGAAAACGGAGUGAGACAGAUGAGUUUGGCUGGACGCAUCAUGGCUUUGGGCCUUUCGAAAAAUGGCGUUUACGUGGAACUUGCGCAGGAAACAAUCACGAAAGAUCCGCUACGCCACCCACAUUACCCGAGCUCGCAGGCUCUGCCGAUCAGAACUGUCUAUUCUGUUCAAGACUCACGGAACUUUUCUAUGAGCAAUACGGCGAAAAGUCCUGGUGGAAUCUUUCCGAUUCGAGGCUUCGGUUUAGUAUGCAAUAUGAAUGGGAGGAGCUCCGUAUUGAGAUCAAAAAAGUAGGGGAGGAAAUGACAGUGCACUAUCGCGAAAUGCUUGACUGUUUGGCGGUCAUAGUAUUCCGUCCAGAACAAUAUGGCGAGGUGGAUGUCUACGAGUUCGAGGUAGGAGCCAAGCCAGGGAAUUGCCGAGACUGGCUUAAAAUCAUGUACAAUCCUUUGGAUAUCGACGGCCCGGCAUCCAAAAACAACAUCGAGUUCAUGAAGAGCUGUAUCGAUGAAUGCGUCAGGGAGCAUCUCGGAUGUAGGGACAAGCUCUCGAAAGAGAACUUCAUUCCCACGCGCUUAUUGGAUGUCGGAAGCGCCGCAGGGUCCGAUGUCAGGCUCAGAGAGCGUAGAGAAAUCCUCUCGGAAUGCUUACUCGGCUCUCAACUCAAAUACGCGACUUUGAGUUACUGUUGGGGAUCUUCGUUGCCGUUGAAAACGACAGACCAAACAUUCGAGCAGCACAAGAUUGGCAUCUCAGUCGAUGGUAUGCCGGCAACUUUUCAGGAUGCGGUGAAACUCGCCAGAGAGCUCGGAAUUCGGUAUCUCUGGAUCGAUGCACUUUGCAUUAUCCAGGACCAAGUGAGCAAAAAGGACUGGGAGGCCGAGUCGGUGACUAUGACCGACAUAUUUGCUCACUCGUACGUUACCAUUUGUGCGGCUGUCAGCGAUUCAUGUUUCCAAAACUUUCUCCAGAGACCUUCCUCCAGGCUUUUGAGUCUACCUUUCCGCUCAUCCCUGGUGCCAGACAUAUCCGGAGAAUACUCAAUCCUUCUCAAGGGACGGGAGGAACGGCCGGAACGUGCCUGCUUCCGAUCUUCACGAUGGUCAAGGCGUGCCUGGGUAUGGCAAGAACAAGUCAUGGCUACAAGACAGCUUGUUUUUUGCGAAGAGGCUGUCCAAUUCCGAUGCAAUAACAAGAUUGUCUUCGAGUAUGGCCUAGAAGCGUCUGACUUAUCCAUGGUUCUGCAAAAGGGAUCGGAUUAUAGCCGGUUUUGGCUCGAAGCUGUCUUCGUAUACUCCAGAAGGGAGCUCACGUUCGCACAUGAUAGGUUGAGUGCGAUAUCUGGCGUAGCAAAAUUCAUGCAAGAUUCCAUGAAAGAGCUUGGUGAGCCAACAGAGUAUCUUGCGGGGCUAUGGCUGGAUAAAAGUCUCGGGUAUCAGCUGCGCUGGGUAUGCGAUGAACCGAAAUUGUCAUACAAUGAGAUGCUGGAGUGGCUGCAGGACGAAGAACAUUAUUGCGCCCCAUCUUGGAGUUGGGCGUCUCGGAACACAGCUAUCCGUUGCCUUAGGGAUAGACCAGGCACCGAAUUCCAAGUAGUGUCUUACGAUUUACAGCCGGCUAACUCUGAUGCCAUGGUCGCAGUCAAGUUUGGAUCGUCAAUUACCCUCGGGGGAAAAUGUCGACGGACGCCGAUCAGGCCAAUCAGUGGCAUUUUCACGCCCAGAAUCCCGGAGAGGUGGCCAUACAGCAACUACUGGAAAACUUCGAGCCCCUAUGGAACCAUGAGAUUUUGGUUGGAUUGGGUCCCGAACUUGGAGGAUCCUGAGGAAAGCAAUCGUCAAGAUCAACUUCAUCUCUUUCUUACAUCUACAGAGGGCGAUCGAUUCGCUGGAGGGCUUCUUGUGCUACCAUCUGAGGGUGAUGAUUCUGGAAGAGAACUGUUUUAUCGGGUUGGGGCGUUCAAUAUAGAUGGUGAUUGCCAGUGGCUGACGGAGACUCCGAAACGCUCUGUUACCAUUGUGUAA